AUGUGUGAUACCAGAAUGUUGCAGACAAAGAAGAAGGACAAAAAAGGUAAAGAUGAGAGCAAGAAGAAAAAUUCAAAAAAGACUAAGAAGAAAAACCUCAAGAGCAUAGUAAAAAAGGACAAGAACAAGAAGAAAGAGAAAGAGAAAGAGAAAGACAAAGAUAAAGCUAAGGAUAAGGAUAAAGAUAAGGAUAAGAAUAAGGAAAAGGAUAAGGAAAAGGGUAAGGAUAAGGAUAAGAAGUCGAGAAAGAAGAGAUGUGUCGAGGGUGAGGACUCUGCUGAAGAAGAAUCAACGGAGAGUGAAGAGGAAGAGUCUAUAAUUCCUGACUCGUUAGCAGUCAUCAAGCAAUCUAGGAUACCACAAGCACAGCGAGUUCCAGAAAAGAAGGUACUUCCCGGUGCACCCACUAACCCACCGCCUGCCCCAUCAUGGUACAUUAGAAGGUUACUCGAGGAAGAGCGGCCAGAUCUGGCUGGAGAAAAUGGUGAAUUCGAGUUGGAGGAUGCCGAGUUGGAUCUCCUCGAAAAAGAUCUACGCGAGCACGCUGAACUUCAAGUCGAUGAUGUUGUAGUAAAUGACGACAAUUAUGAUGAUGAAAACCGUCACUUGGUUCGGUACGAAGUGCAGAUAAAAGUGAAUGAAGGCCGUUACUCAGCAAUUUACAUAGUCACAAAACAGAUCCGUAAUGACAAUGAUUUCAAGGAUGCUCCCGGUUUUUACACUCUCAAGACAGGAUUGCGCAAUGGCAGUUGCAUAUUCAACUCUAAAACGAAGAGAGAGAUUCGGAUGCUAAACGAGCUAGCCAAGGCCAAGUUCCCUUGGGCGCCGCCUAUGAUCGACAGUGGGACCAUCAACGGUAUGCCUUUCAUCGUGAUGGGCAUUGUUGAUGUAAACAUUGAGAAGUUGCGAGAAAUACUUGGUGGGAAGUUCAAACCGGCAUCAGCGUUCUAUAUAGCUAAAGAGGUGCUGCGUGCUUUAUGUGACCUCCACGAACUCCGUUACGUGCAUAGGGAUGUGAAGCCGACGAAUAUAUGUGUGGGACUAGGGCCUAUGGCACCUCGAGUGUUCCUCAUCGAUUAUGGCCAUUGUGUUCGGCGUGGAAAAAAAUCCAGAUACGGUACGCCUGAUCAGUAUACCCUUCCCUACUGGAGUAUCGACGCUCACAAAAACAAGGCUGGUACAGAGAAAACCGACAUCGAAAUGUGGUUUUACACUUUUGCUGACCUUGAUCUUUCAGAUUACCGAUCAAAUAUGACCCAGAGCCCAGCGGCAUUGGUUUCCAUUGCGGAAACAUUUCGUGCAGCUGAGGAGAAAGUCGAUGUCGCAAAGAUCAGAAAAUAUCUUCUAGUCGGAUUACAAGACGCUCUGCCACCUGAAAAGAAAUACUGUCCGGAAUGGAUCAAAACCGCAGCACCCGCAUCACCAACAGCAGCUCAGCGUAAUCCAGUCACCACAUAA